AUGGUUCAAGACCAUCCUGCUCAGAUACUAGCUGAUACCGGUGCUGGUUUGUCCAUAGUCUCAGAUUCUUUCAUUAGUAAGUACCAAAUACCCACAAAACCCAUAAAAACAAGAUCGAUCCAUGGUGUCACCGGGCACCAACUCUCCAUCAAUAGUUCUGCGAGCAUGCAGGUAUCUAUUGGUACACACAAUCUGGGUGUGGUCGAAGCUUCAGUGGCUGACACUGCGGACUAUGACCUCAUCCUGGGGUUCACUGAGCUACGGAGGCUCAAACCCACCAUACAAUGGGAUAUGGGCCAGCUGGAGUUCAAGACUCAGGAGCAGGACCGACCCCCAAGGAGACCCCCUGAGGCAGCAAGAGCAGGGGACCUAACCAUGAGGAGACCAACCCUUCAUGGUAACGAGUUUGUCUCAGCAGAGCACAUACUACGAGCAGCUCUGGAAGAUGGACCCAUAGGGUUCAUGCUGUUAGAGGAGCCACCAUCAUCACUCCCGGCCUUUGGUUUUGUACCUACAGGUGCAGACAAAGGAGUCGAGAUGGAGGUGGAGGUAGAUAAGGUGGUGACGGCUGCAGACAUACCAAAGCCAUACCAACACCUGCGAGAUGUGUUUGAUGAGGUGGAAGCAGACAAGCUGCCCCAUCAUACCAAGCAUGAUCUCCACCUCGAGUUGAUAGAAGGAGGGAAGCCACCUCAAGGGCCCUUAUACCUUAAGGGACCCAAGGAGAUGUCCGAGUUAAGGAGAGGUCUCAACAAGAUCACUGUCAAGAAUAGGGCACCAUUGCCUCUCAUCGAGGAGCAGCUGUUCUUACUCAGGAAGGCAAGGAUCUAUACCAAGCUAGACCUUAGAGCAGCAUACAACCUCAUCCGGAUUGCUAAAGGAGAUGAAUGGAAGACAGCUUUUGGCACUCAGUUGGGACUCUAUGAGUACCUAGUGAUGCCCUUUGGCCUAGCCAAUGCUCUGGCUCACUUCCAGUCAUUCAUCAAUGACAUCUUCCGAGACAUCAUUGGGAUAUAUGUGGUAGUAUACCUAGAUGACUUCCUGAUCUUCAGUGACACUGAAGAAGCACAUGUGAAGCAUGUCACUGAGGUCCUCACUCGCUUAAGAAGCAACAGGCUCUUUGCGAAGCUGUCGAAGUGUGAGUUCCACACCAAGACAGUCGAGUUCCUGGGGUACAUCAUCAAGCCAAUGGGCAUGGAGAUGGACCCAGAAAAGGUGUGCACUGUCAAGGAGUGGCCAAUGCCGGAGUCAAUCCAUGACAUCCAGAGGUUUCUGGGUUUUGCCAACUUCUAUCGAAGGUUCAUAGCCCACUUUGCUCGCAUAGCCAAGCCCUUGACAGCACUGGUAAAGCCUAUAGAACGGUUCAAGAAGUUCGAGCUACCAGAGGAGGCCCAACAGGCCUUCCACAAGCUCAUCCAGGCCUUCACAUCAGCAGGAGUGCUUCAGCACUUCGACUACCACCUUCCAACAAGGUUGGAGACUGAUGCAAGUGACUUUGCUAUAGCAGGAGUACUCAAGCAGGAGCAUGAAGGACGAUGGCAUCCAGUGGCUUUCUACUCUAGGAAGAUGUCUUCUGCCGAGAAGAACUAUGAAAUCCAUGACAAGGAGCUCCUAGCUGUGGUCGCCUGCCUUACUCAGUGGCGACACAUGCUAGCUGGACUACCGAGUCAACUGGUCAUCCUCACUGACCAUGAAGCCCUCAAGUACUUCAAGUCACAGAGAUGCAUCACAGGUCGACAGGCUCGAUGGGCCAUACUACUAGCAGACUUCGACUUCAUAUUGCAGUAUCGACCAGGAGACAAAGGUGGUGAACCCGAUGCUCUCACCAGAAGGACUGACAUGCAACCAGCUGGUGAAGAGCAGGAUCACAAUGUGAGGCAACUACUGCCUCCUCGAGUGUUCAAGGAGACAGCAGACCAUGACUCGACCCUAGUGGCCCCUAUGCUCUUGAUGGAGUCCAUAGCAUCAAAAGGUCUCAAAGACCUGGUCAAGAUCUUCCAGCCCUUAGACCAAGAGCUACAGGAGAUACAUAGGAAGAAGCCCUUCGAACUCAAGGACGACCUAUGGUACAGUGGAGGAAGGAAGAGAUGCUACCAUCAAGGCAGCUCAAUGACAUUACUGGUGGCCAAACAUGACAGCUUGGAUUGCAGACUAUGUAGCAAGUUGUCCUCAACACCAGACAGGCCCUGGGGCUCCAUAUCCCUCGACUUCAUCGAAGGACUACCACCAUCGAAGAAGUAUGACUCCAAGACCUAUGACUCUAUCUUAGUCAUUGUCGACCGGUUAACCAAGUUUGCCAUACUAGCUCCAACCCAUAAGACAGUCACAGCCAAACAGACUGCAGUAUUGCUAUAUGGACACAUGGUUAGACUCUUCGGAUAUCCAGAUCACAUGGUCUCGGACCGAGGCAGGCAGUUCAUAUCAGGAGCAUGGAAGGCAUUUGCAGAGCAAAUGGGUGUGAAGCACUCACUUAGUACAGCUUACCAUCCUCAAACUGAUGGUCAGACAGAGAGAGUCAAUCAGGUCAUAGAGCAAUACCUCAGGAUGUACUGCAACUAUGAGCAGGAUGACUGGGCCAACCUGCUGGACACUGCAGCCUUUGUCUACAACAACACGGUCCACAACAGCAUUGGAGUCAAUGAUCCAGGUCGCUUCGAGUACCUCAUGGAUGGAAAGGAGCAUUGCAAGUACUUCCAGGAGCAGAUCAGAGAGGCACAACAUAGAUCAGUAGACCAGUAUAACAGGAAGCACAAGGACAUCGAGUUUAAGGUGGGUGAUAUGGUCUAUAUCAACCGUCAAAACUGGAAGACACGGAGACCCACACCCAAGUUAGAUACCCGGUUUGCAGGACCCUACCCAGUUCAGGAACAGGUAGGACGCCGAGCUUAUCGAAUCACAUUGCCAGCAAACCUUAGGGUGCAUGACGUGUUCCAUGUCUCCAUGCUCGAGCCAGCAAGAACAAGUUCUCUUCCUCAACGUGCUGAACAGCCCACCAUACCAUCACUUCCAGAUGAGGACCUCGACUUCGAAGUCGAAGCACUCAUCGACAAGCGUUCACACAAUGGUACUACAGAGUACAAGGUGUUGUGGAGAGGGUACUCAGAAGAAGCUGCUUCAUGGGAACCAGUAGAGAACCUCAACUGUCCCGACCUCAUCCAGGAGUAUGAGGUGUCGGAGGGGGGACGAUGUCAUGGGCCUGGAUGCUCAAGAAGCAGGAGGGUCACGGGUUCAACAGGUAUCGAAGAUCUAGUCGAGAUCAGUAGAGAGCAUGGUUGUAGUGCAGCCUCCAUGGAGACCAUGGACUCCUACGGACUCACAUGCAAAGAAGGGCCAAGCACAGCCACGAAGAGGACCAAGCUCAAGGAGCAGGCACAGCCAUGA